AAUCAUAAUCUGCAAGAAUUGAAGUUCCUUGUUUGACUCCAUAAAGGAGAAAAAAGUAUUUGUUUUCAGACUAUUAUUAUUGGUCCAAUGCUUCAUACUUUUAUCCAAAUUAAUUUGGAAACUAAUCCCUGUUAAGCUGUGUGACUCAAGAGUUUGACCUCAAAACACAAAAGGUUACUUUAAUCACGCACAUCAGAGACAAUUUUCCUUUUUAAAUAAAAGCUGAAUUAGAUAACUAUGAACUAUUUAUGAUAUUUAUGGUCUCUGUGAACUUUACUGAGGGUGUUAUAACAGCUUUCCCCCGCCACGAUAUGCAGCCUCCUCUCUCCAGUUCUGAUGUUUUCAGCCUUCCCUCUCUUUCUCUGCUGAAGCAUUAGACCUACAGUCUACAGUUUGUAUGAGUAAUGAUGAUUCACGUUUUGCUUCUACUGCUCCUUCAGUCUCCACAGCUGAAAUGAUUUAACCACCAGAGGGCAUAGCAACGCUUCUUUCACAUUUUCACAAAGCAGCAGGUUGGCAGAAAUGAACUGAUGUCACAGUAACAGCAGAGCCAUGCUCCCUCAGGAUAUUGGGAAGCAGAAGCCUCGCCUUGUGUCGGACCCGGUGUGCGGAGGGGACUGUCCCCCGGUCCCGCCUCGGCGCCUGAAGAACCGGGACUUUCCCCUGAGCAUGAAGCGCCUCCGGUCCGGCUCCGCGCCCGAGCGCAAGGUGCACUGCGUACUGGUUGGAGACGGAGCGGUGGGCAAAACCAGCCUCAUCGUGAGCUACACCACCAAUGGAUACCCAGCAGAAUAUGUCCCCACAGCGUUUGACAACUUUACCGCGAUGGUUGUGGUUGACGGAAAGCCGGUGAGGCUGCAGCUCUGUGACAUGGCUGGACAGGGGAAGUUGGAGAGCCUCCGGCCCUUGUGCUACAAAAAUGCUGAUGUCUUCCUCCUCUGCUACAGCGUCGUCCGUCCCUGCUCUUUCCGUAACCUCACCACCAAAUGGCUUCCUGAGAUCCGUCAGCACUGUCCUAGCAUGCCCGUGGUCCUGGUAGGCACCCAGCUGGACCUGAGAGAAGAUGUUCAAGUACUGAUCCACCUGGCACAGAACCAGCAGCAGCCAGUGUCCACAGAGGAGGGCCAGCGGCUUGCCCAGGAGCUUGGGGCAGUGAGUUUUGCAGAGUGUUCAGCACUGACUCAGAAAAACCUGAAGGACACUUUUGAUUCAGCUAUCUUAGCUAGCAUCCAGCACACAGAGAGCAACAGCGUCCAGCAGCAGAAGAGGCUAACGCUCAGGAAGAAGACCCCUGAUAAGAUCAAGAGCCUUUCAGAGACCUGGUGGAGGAAAAUCAACUGCCUGAUGGGAGAGCAGAGCUGUGAAUUCAAAUGAACACAGUUUGAUUACAAACCUGAGUGAUGUAGUGUUUGACAGAGCUGGCCAGGUGACAGAUAAUGCUAGCUGAGUAAGCAUUAUCAACACAAAGAGCAACACAACAAGUUCCUGAAAUAAUUCAAAUAGCAGUUAAAAACUCUCAAACUGACAGGAAAAUUCUGCUAGAAAAAUGUUAGUAGAUCCCCAACAACUGAAUAUGUGCAUGUUAGAUUACAUAGAAAAUGAGCUGCACAGCCAGUGUAAAGCGUCUCGGUCAUUUAUGAGGUAUCUAGAGUAUAAAGACAGAUUUUAGUAAACUGCAUUAUGUAGCAGAAAUGUAGUACCUGGAGAUGUCUUGAUGCAUGCUCAAUCAUCCAGCUAUGGAAAGAUGUUUUUGUGCUGGGUUGAUUUUUGACAAUUUAUUGAAGUGCAGCACUGCACUGCAAGAGCACUGCACUGGAAUCCUGUUACUAAACCAUCAACUACAUAAUGGCCAUCAACAAAAGAAGGUGGUUGCAAGGAGAAAUAUUCAGCAGAUCCAUCUGUGUGCAAAAAGUUCCUAAAACACAACUAGGCCUCUAAGAUAUUUAAUAAAGUAAUGAAAGUAAUGAACAGUUAAUAUGAAAUGCACUUUGUAAACAAUGAACCAAUGAUGCAUGUAAGAAUCAUUUGUACUCUAAAUCAUUUUUCCUGACUUGUGAACUGAGAAAUGAGCAGAAUCUGAGGAUACAUAUAGAUUUGUGAUUGUGGGUUCAUAUUUUAGUCCUGAUUUCGUUAGCCUCACUCAUCUAAAGGGUAAAAAAAUGAAUUAUUUGGUUUGUUUGUCACUUUUACACCCAAACAUUAUAUACUCUUUGUUAGUUAUGUGUUUAUAUUUAUUGAUUUGAAUGCCAUUCCUGAUCAUGAAAUAUGCUCAGAAGCCUUGAAUAAAAGUUUAUUAC